UCGGCCCAAUGGGAGCGGCGCGCCGGCCUCCCCUUUAAGGAAUGUUGUGACCUGACGUCACCGGGCGAGUUACCUCCCGCAGCCGCCGCCGCUGGGCUCAGCGCGAGCCCCGGAGCCCUUGAACGUGAGGCGCGAGCCCCGAAACCCCCGAACCGCAGCCACCUCCUCAGGCGCGCCCCGGAGCCCCGGCCUGCGCGCCCCGCCGGGCCCGCGCGAUGCCCUCGGAUCGGCCUUUCAAGCAGCGGCGGAGCUUCGCCGACCGCUGUAAGGAGGUGCAGCAGAUCCGCGACCAGCACCCCAGCAAGAUCCCGGUGAUCAUUGAGCGCUACAAGGGGGAGAAGCAGCUGCCCGUCCUGGACAAGACCAAGUUCCUGGUCCCAGACCAUGUCAACAUGAGCGAGUUGGUCAAGAUCAUCCGGCGCCGCCUGCAGCUGAACCCCACGCAGGCCUUCUUCCUGCUGGUGAACCAGCACAGCAUGGUGAGCGUGUCCACGCCCAUCGCGGACAUCUACGAGCAGGAGAAGGACGAGGACGGCUUCCUCUACAUGGUCUACGCCUCCCAGGAAACCUUCGGCUUCUGAGCCAGCAGUAGGGGGGGUUGGCCUGGGAGUGGGGGGGCCCGUCAGGUUCUGCCCAGGGAGCUUCUGAACUGAGCUGCCCCUGGUGGGCUGGGCAGGGAUGUGGCUCCCUAGCUAGGGGACACCAGCCUACUUUGCCCCUCUGGGUGCUGGCUGGGAUGGGGGAGGGUGGAGAGCAGCCCCCAGCACCCCUACUGUGUGGUUUGUCUUUUUUUUAGGCCCCUGCCUGUCUACCCCUCACCUACCUGAGGCUCUGCCCCCCACCCCCUGGACCUGCCCACCCCUGACAGAUCGGUCCUUGGCUCUCCGGUCUCCACAUGGUGUAUGGAUCUGUGGUCAUUGUCCCUCUGCAGAAUAAAGAGUGCUCAGGCCUGCCUGGC